AUGGGAGAACAAAGAGAAGCGGCGGUGAUAGUCGUCGGCGGCGGUCCAUCCGGGCUAGCGACGGCGGCGUACCUGCAGCAUCUGUCAAUACCGUACAUACUUCUAGAGAGAGAAGAUUGCUUCGCUUCUCUGUGGCAGAAGUAUUCGUACGAUAGGGUUCAUCUCCACCUUGCCAAACAAUUCUGCGAGCUUCCUCUCAUGCCUUUCCCCGCCACCUACCCAACUUACGUAUCCAGAGAGGAAUUCAUUCGCUACUUAAACGACUACGUUUCGCACUUCAGUAUCCGCCCCGCCUACCGGAGGUCGGUGGAGGCGGCGGCGUACGACGAAACCGCCGGAAAAUGGACGAUCGCGGCUAGGAACCUCGAUUCCGGCGAAGUGGAGGACUACCGGUCGAGGUUCGUGGUGGUGGCGACCGGAGAAACUUGCGACCCGAGUAUCCCGGAGAUCGAGGGUUUGGGGAGUUUUUCCGGCGAGGUGUUGCACUCGACGGAGUUCAAGAACGGGAAGAAGUUUGAGGGGAAAAGUGUGCUGGUGGUUGGGAGUGGGAACUCCGGCAUGGAAAUCGCGCUUGAUCUUUCAAACUCCGGCGCCAAAACCUCCAUUGUUGUCCGAAGCCAGGUACAUGUAGUGUCGAGGGGGAUGGUGUAUGCAGGACUGGUUCUAUUGAAAUAUUUGCCAUUCAAGUGGGUUGACUCAUUCGUAACGAUGAUGAGCAAAAUAGUAUAUGGUGAUUUGAGUAAAUAUGGUGUUCAUAGGCCUAAAGAAGGUCCUUUUGCUCUCAAAGUCAAGUAUGGUAAAUACCCUAUUAUCGAUCUUGGUACUUUUCACAACAUCAAGUCCGGCAAAAUUCAGGUGUUGCCAGGAAUAAGAAGCGUUGAAGGCAACAACGUUUUAUUUGAAAAUGAAAAAGAAUAUCCAUUCGACGUGAUUCUCUUCGCCACAGGUUUCAAAAGAUCCACCAAGGAAUGGCUCAAGGGAGAUGAUUAUCUGUUGAGUGAAGAUGGUCUACCAAAGCCAAGUUAUCCUAACCAUUGGAAGGGACAGAAUGGGCUCUAUUGCGCUGGGCUCGCCCGCAGAGGAUUGUACGGUGCUGCUGCCGACGCCCAAAACAUAGCCAAUCAUAUCAACAAACAACUAUUGCCCUGAUUUUCCUUUUUCUUUUUUAAUUUUAUUUAUUUUUAUUUUUCUUGUGAACAGCAAAAACAGCUAAUAUAGUUGUGUACUGUUGAACUAGAACAUCGUAGAUUGAUUUUGUUUUUCAAGGUUUUCUUACAGCAUUUUGCCUGCUCUGUUUAUUAUAUUUGCAAUGAUAAAUAAAUCGAGUUAAAUUAAACUA